AUGGCUGCAGCUUAUGCAGCUUUAGUUUCUCUCACUCAUACUCUUGAUCAGAUCCUCCUCCACCCACCUCCUACCCUUGAUAUCAUUUUUGAUAAAGAUCAGAUUCAAUCUCUACGAGAUAAGGCCGAGUACAUUUUGGUAGAUUUUUUCGAAGAUUAUACAAGUAGUGGAGGCAACAAAGAGAUGGAAGGCUUGGAGACGAUGAUCGGUGAUGCAGCAUAUGCAGCAGAAUAUAUCAUUGAGUUCAAUGUGAUGAACCAAAUUCUUGGAAGAUCUGCAGCCGAUAGAGAAGAAAGCUCCAAUCUCUUGUUUGAAGGUGUAGACAUUUCAAUACAAGAGUUCCUUUUCAUUGAGAAAGAGUUGGUGAGAUUCAAGAAAGAUAUGCAACGACCUAAUAACUACUACUUAACGACAACAAAAGCUAGUUCUUCUUCUUCAUCAAGGCCUCUUCUUCUGGCCGGUGGCAAAAACAACAUGGUGGGAUUCGACAACCACAUGGAUGAAAUUAUGGGCGCUCUCUCCACCAACGAAUCUAAUCUUCGGAUCAUCUCUAUUGUUGGAAUGGGAGGCAUAGGUAAGACUACCCUUGCCACUAAUGUUUUCAACAAUCCCUUUAUUGUGGAGCACUUUCAGCUACGUGCUUGGUUUACGGUAUCCCAGGAAUAUACUGAUAAGAAGAUUCUCCUAGGCCUUUUGCAUCAGAUCAACAAUACAUAUCGAAAUGCACAUGAGAUCGUUGAUGAUGAUGAUGCAAUAGGAGACAGACUGCACAAAACUCUAUUUGGGAGGAAGUAUUUGAUAGUAAUGGAUGACAUGUGGGAUAUCAAAGCAUGUGAUAUGGUAAAAAGGUUCCUUCCUGAUAAUAAUAAUGGAAGUCGAAUCUUGGUAACUACUAGGCUGAUGAAGUUGGCUGUAGAUAUUGGAUCUUGUAGCCCUUAUCAACUGAAUCUUCUAGAAAAAUCACAGAGUUGGGAUUUACUCCGUGAAAAGAUAUUUGCAGAAGAACGUUGCCCCGAUGAAUUGGAGGGAAUUGGAAAAAGUAUUGCGACAAAAUGCAGAGGACUUCCAUUAGCCCUUGUUGUGAUUGCUGGGGUUCUUGCAAAGUCCAAGACGGAAGAACAUUGGGUGUCAAUUGAAAAAGAUGUAACUUCAGCAGUAAACAAUCAAGAUGAUGAGUCCUGCAUGAAGAUACUAUUGUUGAGCUAUAAUAACUUGCCUAUACAUCUAAAGCCUUGUUUCCUUUACUUUGCCGUGUUUCCUGAAGAUCAUAUCAUCAAAGUGGAAAGGCUGGUCAGGUUGUGGGUUGCUGAAGGAUUUAUUAGGCAGUAUGGGCAUAAAAGCUUAGAAGACAUUGGAAAGGAGUACUUGAAGGAUCUUAUUGAUCGAAAUCUCAUUUCCGUCAAUUGGAGGUCAGUUACGGGAGAAGUGACCGGCUGCAACAUUCAUGAUGUUUUAAGUAACCUAUGCAAGAGAGAAGCUCAGAAAGACAAUUUUAUUCUCUCGUUCGCAAGAAAGCUUUAUAACCCCGAUAUUUUAACUUUCAUGAAGUUCACACCACGUCUCAGCAUUAAUGAUGGAAAAUGGAAAGGGACGAAACAUAAGCCAUAUACAUCACAGAUACCUACACGGUCUUUGUUUUGCUUCUCUAAAGGGGCUUCAACUGAUUACACGGCUCGUCGGUUUCCAUUACUACGAGUAUUGGAUGUAGUUGAUAUAUAUCCCAAAGGUGAGAUUCUACAGCUGAUUAACUCAAGGUAUGUUUCUCGCAUGGGUCCGAUGAUGUUGCCGUCUUCAAUAUCCCGACUUUGGAGCCUACAAACAUUAUUUGUUGAUGGAGAGUUGAUACUGCCAGGUGAGAUAUGGCAGAUGCCCCAACUUCGACAUGUUGUGGCCAACUCUAUUAUCUUGCCCGAUCCUCCGCCUCCAGAUAAUGUCCAGAAAAUCAUACUUCUUGAAAAUUUACAAACACUUUCAGGAGUCGUAGAUUUUGAAUGCACUGAAGCGGUCAUUAAUAGAAUCCCUAAUGUGAAGAAGUUGGAAAUUGUUUGUGGGACAAUUGGGUCUAAUUGUUUAAGGAAUCUUGGACUUCUCCAUAAACUUGAAUACCUUAAUCUGAAAUUAAAUACUGGUACUAGUUGCUGUGGAGAAAUUGUCUUCCCAAGUUCACUUAAAGUGUUGGCCAAAAGUGGAUUUCAAAAGAAGGGGAAUUCACUAGACAAUACACAUUUCCCAUGUCUAGAGGAGCUACAUCUUGGAUGCUUAAACCUCAAGGAGAUCCCUUCGGAUUUUGCCGAAAUAAUACCACUUCAAGUAAUUGACUUACAUCACUAUAGCAGCAAUGACCUUUUGGCAUCUGCAAAUGAAAUAUCAAAGCAACGAGAGAACCUAGGUUACGAUGCUCUUUAUGUUACAAAUAUUAUAUUUGGAGUGCUCAAAAUUUGGGUGAAGAGAGGUAUUAAUCUUGUUGUUGGUGGUGGAGAUCCUUAUGUUGUUAUCACGAUGGGCGAUCAGAGUGUGGAGACUCGUAUUGUGACAAAUGAUGUUCAUCCUAUAUGGGAUGAGGUACUCACAAUUUACGUUUUAGAUCCUAGCCGUCCAGUUUCUCUGACAGUGCAUGAUCGCAACAAGUUGAGCAACAUGGAUAACAAGAUGGGUAAUGCAGUGAUUGAUAUUAAACCAUUAGUAGAAGCCAGUUGGGUGCAUCAAAAUGACCUUCCAAACGGUACAACAAUCACAAGAAUAUUGCCUUCAAGCUCCAAUUGCCUGUCUAAAGAAAGUUUCAUUGUCUUGAAAAAUGGGAGAGUAAUGCAGGACAUGUGCCUGAAAUUGGAAAAUGCCGAAUGUGGCCAAGUCGAACUUCAGCUCUGGAGAGAAGCUCAGAAACAUAAUUUUAUAAUCCCUUCAAAACUGGUAACCACAAUGCUUAACCAGAUCCGCCUCAGAAUUAAUGGUGGCCAAUGGAAAGAUAUGACACUAACGGCAUCUAUUCGGUCUUUCUUAACCUUCUUUUCUGUGAAUUUGUCUACUUAUACUGCUCGUGGGUCUCCGUUACUACGGGUAUUGGAUGUGGUUGAUAGAUAUGUCUCUUGCACGGGUUUGAUCUUUAUGUCGUCGUUUAUAUUAUCCCGACUUUGGAGCCUACAAACCUUAGUUGUUGGUGGAGAGUUGACUCUCCCUAUUGAGAUAUGGCAGAUCCUCCUUCACGUGGCGAAACAAUCACAAUGCUUGAAAAUCUAA